UCAAGUCGCAUCAAAGCAAGCCGGACGAAAAGUUCAAUAUAAAACAAAACAAAAAAAAGCCGAUAAAAUGAAUCAAAUUCAACACACAAGGGAAUCCAUAGUAGAAGAAAUUAUCAAGCCAUUUCACUACAUCAGACAAGUGAAAAGCAAUCCUGUAAUUGCGUACUACGUCCCAGAAGCCUUCAACUACUGGCUGAAGAUACCGAAGCAUAUUCUAGAAGAAAUUCAAGAGAUCGCAGAUCAGUUCUCAAACGUCACUUUCCUGUUCGACGACAUUCAGGACGACAGCAAAAUCAGAAGAGGCAUUCCGACCGCCAACAUCGCUUUUGGAACGAACCUUGCCAUCAAUGCCUGCUUCCAAGCAUACACACAGUUGAUACUGAGAGUGGGGAAACUACAUAAAGAUGCUACUAACAUUUUCCUAACGCAAGCCAACUGCUGCUUGAUCGGGCAAGGUGCAGACAUCUUCGUUCGCGAGAACAUUAUUGUGCUGUCAGAAGACGACUACAAGUGGAUGGCAACGCAAAAAUCUUCAGAAACGUUGUACUGUCCGAUCCUGCUGAUGCAGCUGUUCAGCGAAGACAAAAGGGACUAUAGGAAAUUGAUGAUGAUGUUCGGCGUCUACUACGAGAUCCGAGACGACUACUGCAAUCUUGUUAAUAUGAAGGAGGUUGACGGAAAAUGUAAUGCUGAUAAAUACAAAGAGCCUACAGAUUUAUUCUGCGAAGAUUUUACAGACGGAAAGUUUAGUUUCCCAGUCAACCACGCACUGAGGACCAGCCACGAAGCUUCACCUAUUAUUUAUGCCCUCAAGCAGCGGACCACGAACUAUAAACAUAAGAAGUAUUGUUUGGACUUACUGAAGAAGCUCGGAAGCCUGGACUACACUUUGAAAGUAAUACGCGCUAUGGACAAAGAAAUGAGGGAAGAGGUAAAACGUCUCGGCGGUAAUCCCAAAUUCAUAGCUGUUCUGGAUGACCUGUACAUCUGAAACUUCCUCAGAUUAUUUAGAACUAUUUAUUUAAUAAUAACUUUCAAAAUACUUCUAAAAUAAAAUAACAAUUUAUU